GUGAAAUUACGAAGGGGAUUCGUUUUUUUGUGACCACUUUUCUUUCCUCGUGGAAGAAGCUACCAGCUGAAUAGCUAACUAACUAGCUAACUAGCUACCAGUCAACUUAAAAUGUCUGAACAACAGUCGUUUCAUGUGUUUUUAAAUGAGCGAUUAACGGCGGCAGCUGUGGAGAUUUUCGGGGAAGUUGAGAAAACGGUACUGAAACACCAGGAGGAGAAUGAUCGGCUACGGAGACUGCUGCGGGGGACACCAGAGAUGAAACUACGUGGAAUAGACUCCCUGCAGCUCUCUGUCUCUGAAGAGGAGGUUCCCCCUGAGCAGCAGCACUGUGAGCAGGAGUGGAGCCCCAGUCUGGGACAGAAGGACCCAGAGACCACACAGAUUAAAGAGGAACAGGAGGAAGUCAGGACCAGUCAGGAYGAAGAGCAGKUUCAAGGGCGCUUUGAUACCAAAGACUCCAUAUCCACUCCUUCCUGUGUGAAAAGUGAAUGUGAUCAGGAGGACCCAUGUCAAGAAGCCGUACGAGCUGAAUACCCAACUCUCAGUCCACUGAAAACAUCUAAACUACAGUUGUUCUGUGUGUUUUUAAAUGAAUGUUUAACGGCAUCUGCUGCUGUGGAGAUUUUUGGUGCGGUUGAGGAAACUGUAGCAGAGUACCAGGAGGAGAAUGAUCUGCUACGGAGACUGCUGCGGAUCACACCAGAGAUAAAACUACGUAGAAUAGACUCCCUGCAGCUCUCUGACUCUGAAGAGGAGGUUCCCCCUGAGCAGCAGCACUGUGAGCAGGUGUGGAGUCCCAGUCUGGGGCAGGAGGACCCAGAGACCACACAGAUUAAAGAGGAACAGGAGGAAGUCAGGACCAGUCAGCAGGAAGAGCAGCUUCAAGGGCUCGUUGAUACCAAAGACUCCAUAUUCACUCCUUCCUGUGUGAAAAGUGAAUGUGAUCAGGAGGAAUCACUUCAGUCCCUGACUCUUCCCCAAACCCGGACUGUGGAGAACAGAGAGAGAGACUCUAACCCAGUGGAUCUCAAACCUUUUGGCACUGUGACGCACAUUAAGGAUCUCUACAUUCCCUGUGAUGCUCCAGAUAAUCAAAACAAUACCUCCAGCCACAGUUCAGCUGUAAGCAGCUACACAGUAGGACUUGACAGCAGUCCACCAUUGGAUCCCAGUCCACCAUUAGAGAAACACUGUUCCAAACCCAGCACCACAGCUAGAAAAACUCACCACUGCCGUGACUGUGGUGAAACAUUUGCUCUGAAAGCUGACCUGCAGAGACAUGUGACUCUCUUCAGUAAGAUACCCAGUGAUUGUAGUUCCUGCCAAAACCGCUACAAGUCCACCUGUAAACUAAAGGCCCAUGUCCGACUCUGUCACAGUUGGAAACCCUGCACCUGCCCUGUUUGUGGAAAGACCUUCAAACACAAAAGAGUUCUGUCCAGGCACAUGAGGAUUCACACAGGAGAGAAACCAUUUAGCUGUGGUGACUGUGGGAAAAGCUUCAAUCGCAAGGAUACCUUAACUAAGCACAAAUUGACUCACACCAGAGAGAAACCAUUUAGCUGUGGCAACUGAGGGAAAAACUUAAAUCAGAAACAACAUGGCUGCUCAGUCUGAUAAUAUAUUAAUUCAGAAGACUAAUCUGCUAACACGUGAAAAACAUCCACAAAGAAAGUAAAUGAGGACACAGAGAGGGGACUAAGAGAGUAUUGAGAUACACCUGUGGACCAACUCUAGCUGGUCCUCCUGAUCCUGCUCAGUCCAAUGUCACAGUAAUGAUAUAAUGGGGCUGUUGUCUGAACCUAACAGGUAAUGUUGCUACUCUUUGUGUAUGAAAUGGACAAUCUGCAGUUCAGACAACCACCACUUUUUAGGUCAACAACUGAGGGAUGGUGUUGGAGAGUUGUGGCCCGUGGGUAAUUUUUAUUUGGCCCAAAGUUUUCUGAGCAAAACAAGAUAAUCUAUAGAAUUUUUGUAUUUAUUUUUUAUUCGUUGUUGAACUUUUUUUUU